UCUGUGUUACUAUUAUUUCAUUUUGCCAGGAAAUAUAUUCAUUUGUUAAAAAAUGAAUAUUGAUCUAGUCUCAAAUAUUUCCGUAUAUUGUUAUUUGAAAAAUUAAUAAUGGCGGUGUUGAUAAGUUUUGGUUUGGUCAUAUUAAUCUUAGUGAUCACCAAUAUUUCUGACACUGAUGCAACUACUACCAAUUUUCCUUGUGAUAAAGAAGAAAAAAACAACAGCUUGAUGUUUUUUUCAGCUGGAUUUAUGACAGCAUCCUUAGUAUUUUCCAUUGGUUGUUUUGUUUCAAAACGCAACACCACGCCAAGCAAUAAGAACAUAGACGACUCUACGAUCAGUGACCAAGGGGAACAAUUGUUUGCAACAGCACCCGAUAAUGUAUAUGUUAACGAAGGAUCUUGCGAGUCCAAUCGUAAAAGUUAUGGAUACUGCAAUAUCGAAAAGAACUCCGAAAACUGUUCUCAGUCAUCAAAAUCUGAAAAGCGAUUUAAAGAUCGAGAAUCGUAUGAUAUGGUUAAUCACAAUCGAGCAAAAUCGCAUUUGGCGAAUUUGGCGAAUGAUGAAGAGGAUCCAAAUCCGUAUAACCAUGUGACAGUCGAUAUGGAGGUUACCGAAUACGACAACGCAUGUUUUCUAAAGCCAAGGGCUGAAGUCAUGGAUCCAACAUAUUCUCAUUUGUCAGAAGUAAACUUACAAAUUGAAAGUUCUAAUGUUACGAAACAGAAAGGCGACGGAGUAAAAAACCAAACAAACAGUUCGAAUGCUGAAACAAAUUCAAAAGACCAAAAACAAAAAACGACAGAAAAGCAAAAGCAAAAGAAACCAGAAACGGAAAAAAGAAAACAAACGAAACCAGAGAUACCGCAGAAGCCUGAAAUUAAAAUUGAGGACAGAAAGCAAAAAGAACCAAUGGUCCUAGUGAAUGGUAAAGAGGAGAAACAAGAACAUAAGAUAUGCCGAAAUGCUGAAAUAAAGGAAAGCAUAAAUAUGAAAAAUGGUGAAACCGACAAUGAGACAAAUGAAAUAAAAGAGGGAAAUAGACGUAACAGAAAGAAGUUUGGAUACUCUUUCGUCCAGAAAAAGAAAGGAAUUCCAAAUGAGGAUUCUGCAAAAACAUAUAACGGAUCUGAGACAUUUGAAGUUUCGUGUGACGGCGAUGAAAAAUCCUUCAAAAUCAGAAGUGAAAAUAGAGAACACAGCAGUGCAGAGAAAUCAACUGAAACAAAGAGUGGGAAAUCAUCACUUGAGGUUUUGUUCGACCAAAGUAACGGUUCUUUCCUCUUUAUUUCAAAAUGUGAAGAAAGUAAAGAAAGGAGAAACGAACACGUUUCACCUGAAACCAAUAGUGGGAAAUUGGCAUUCCCAAAUGGUAGGGAUGAAACGUCAAGUAAUGAUGGUAGUGAAUCAGAAACCGAUUUACUUCCACCUGGAAUGGCCAUCAAUAUUUUGUAUGAGGAUGUGCCAAUAACCAAAGGAAACGUCGUAAUCGGUGCUGUUGAGGAGUCUUCGGAUCAAGAACUUGAAUCGCCUCAUGAAAAUUCUGAGGAGGACUACUCUAUUUGAACCUUUUUGCUGAUUGGAACAGAAUAUAUAUUAGAAUCAUUAUUCUGCAUCGACCUUAAAUUACGUAUUUUCGUUAUUUUGAUAUGCAGGGAUAUGUACGUUACGAAUAUUUGCUAGAUAAAUGCCUGAAAAUUUAUAGGCAUUUUAUAAAUUGACUGAUUUUUUCAGGCAUUUAACAAAAUGCCUAGAAAAUUAAAAGGAUUUUUGCAAAAUGCCUGAAAUGAUAACACAGAAUGAAAUAUUGAGCCACUGUUAGUAUUGCACAACAUAUAGCAGUUUAUUCUAUGAUAAUUGAUAAUUAUAUUGAAUUCAACAGCCUGCAUUUCCAGUUAAGAGUUUUAACAAUUAAAAAUAAAUUCCACCAGCCAGUAAAACCCAUGCCUAGUGCGGGAAAUCCGUAUGGUUGUGUGGGAUUUAUAAUUUCACAUCCUUUCUAAAUAGGGAAUUUAAUCUUGUGACUCAUGUAGGGAGAGUGCCAUGCACGUUAAGAACUCUUUCAUGCAUCGGUAGGUGACCUGUUAAAAAGCAAAAUUUCGGUGCUUAUCAUAUAUACUGUCAUUUCUAGUGGCAGUUUAAAUACCGAUUCUUUCAUCCAGGUCAAUCUAUUGCAUAACUUAGCUAUUGAUUUUUUUAUUAUUUGUUCUCUUUCUGAAUAUGCACGAAAUAUAUGCUACUGACGUUAAACGAACAACAAUCAAUCAAUCAAUCAAAAUGUUCAUAUUUUUAUUUGUCUAAAAAUGUCUAAAUUUAGAAAAUGUCUGUAGCAUAUACAAUUGGUCAUUUCCUAACAUUUAAUUAAAAUUAUUUUUGUCUGAUAUAUAUCUGGCCAUAUCCGGGGUGGUGUUCUCGAAGCUAUCUUGGGAUUAGGACAUGUCCUAAGUCCAUCUUAUGACAAGUCUUUGUCCUAAGUCGUGUUCUCGAAGCUCUCUUAACUUAGGAUAUAUCACAUUUUUCGUCCUAACUUUAGGACACCUAAUUAGGUGUCUUAAGAUCACCAUAUCUUCAUCCUAACUUUGUGCAUGCUUUUUUCUCAAUUUAUUACGUGAAGAUGAACAUGAAAUGAAACGCACCAUCGGUUAUUAACUCGUUUAAAGAAUUUGUGCAUGAUUUUAAACUUUGAACUUCGUGUUUUACGAUACGAUGACACUACGAAUUCAAUAUUUUCAUUUCAAAACAAAUUGUUUUCCAGUUUAAAUCACAAUCCUUUUUGAUCUUAUUUUAUAAUUACAUUUGAAAUCAUGCAUUUAAUUAAAUACAUGUAAUUUUAAAAUUUCGUAAACAAUUUUAUUAAUUGGUUUCGUCUUUAAUAAAUGUUUUAUCAAACAAUUACUUUACCUAUUUAAAAUUUCGCACAUAGGAUAUGUUUAGGACGUCCUAACAUAAGAUGCGUCUGAGAUAGCUUCGAGACACAAUUUAAGAGUGUCCUAAGAUGAUCCUAAGUCCAUCCUAAAAUUGGUCUUAUCUAUGACUUAGGACGAAUCUUAGGAUACUUUCGAGAACACCACCCCUGGGGCCGGUAACAAGAAAUUUUAUAAAGAGAGGUCGUAAGUAUUGAAUUAAGGGGAAGAUAAGAUAAUCCUAAGAUCAUUCAAAGAGUGUAAAUCAAAGCUCCCUCAGGUUGUUCGUAGAUCGGUCUUAUUUCCCCCUUAAUUUGCAUCGUAAUAGUUUUCAUGUUACGAGUUCUUAAUAAUUUUCCGGCGUCUCCGUGUUAGGCUCCUCGCAAAGAAAUUAGAAUCGCCUCAAAUGAAUCAUACAAACGUUUUAAUGAACGAUAAAAUGCGCACAAUAAUCAACUACCCAUUUAACCUAAGGAAUUCUAACGGUUCAUUCUAACAAGUAAUAGCUUUUCUUAAAAGCUUGCCGUAUUUUAGCUGAUUAUGUCGAGAUCGGUGGUUUGUGGGUAUAGGUCUUUUAUUGGAAUCUUGCACUCCAAGCAAUAUGAAUAUAUAGUGUUUUUAAUCUCUCCUGGUUCUUGUUUUUAGUUGUAGUAUUGGUGGAUCAGGGUAAUGAUGGAAGGAGGAAUUAUAGUCACAUAUGUUAUAAUUUAUAUUUAUAUCCAGAUAAAAUUGCAUACUUUUGUACUUAUAUGUAUAUAAGUCUAAAAAUUUGCACAACGGUACUAAUAUAAGAUGGUAUUACACAAACAUGUUGUUAUUAAAUCGUGUUGAUAAAUAUAUUGGCUAAAGAAAAAUAGCCUUCGUCAGUGUCAAUAAUUUUAACAAUACUGAUUGUAUUUGUAAAAUAGCCCAGUAAUACAGGUAAGUUUUGGUCUAUUGAUUUAAUCCAAAAUCUUGCACAUCAUAAUAUAAAACAAAACUCAAUACUCAGAUAUACGUAUCUGAGUAUAUUUACAUCCCAAAAUGAGUGAAAAAUAAAAAAGGAUUUCUUAUUGAUGCCGUUUGUAUGAUGUACAUUAAGUUCCUUUAUCCAAAAGCUUUCCCGAACCUGUCGCUGGGCAUCACUCCAGUGAAUGUUCUGUUCAAUCACUAGGAUUUUCAUGCGGUUAAACUCAUCAUGUUUGUGACCCGACUGUCUGAAAUGCUGAGAAACUGUGAGAAGUGGCUUCUUAGAGAUAUCACUACUAUGGCCAUUGAGGCGUUUGUGGAAAGGCUGAUUUGACUCACCAACAUAUUGGAGGCCACAAACAUUCUAGAAUGUAAAUAACAUUCAUACUUUUGCAGGUAACAUUGCAAAAUAUCCUAUAGUUAUUUUCGGUUGCCUUACUGUGAAAAGUUGAUGAAUGAUGCAUCUGUAGGCAACAUUUGCAGCACUUCUCCCAGUUUCUCAGCAUUUCAGACAGUAUAUAUAUAUAUAUAAAUGCUAGAGUAGCAAUACAAACACUUUUAUCUUUGUUUUGAGGAAUGUGAUUAUUUACUGUUUAUGACAAUGCAAGUAGUUUUAAAAUGCAUACUGUGUCUGGACAGUUAUGUAAUAGUUUGUGAGGUUACUAUAAUCAACUUGAUAAGAAAAACGUAUUAUUUACUUUUGAGGAUUACUGCUUGACAAAAUGGACUACUACAGAAGUCCGUUCAAAUAUAAGAAUAUUACAUCUUAUAUAAAAUUGAGAAUGGAAAUGGAAAUGGGGAAUGUGUCAAAGAGACAACAACCCGACCAUAGAGCAGACAACAGCCGAAGGCCACUAAUGGGUCUUCAAUGCAGCGAGAAACUCCCGCACCCGGAGGCGUCCUUCAGCUGGCCCCUAAACAAAUAUGUAUACAAGUUCAGUGAUAAUGGACGUCAUACUAAACUCCAAAUUAUACACAAGAAACUAAAAUUAAAAAUGAUACAAGACCAACAAAGGCCAGAGGCUCUUGACUUGGGACAGGCGCAAAAAUGCGGCGGGGUUAAACAUGUUUUUUGAGAUCUCAACCCUCCCCCUAUACCUCUAGCCAAUGUAGAAAAAAAAACGUACAACAGUACUUCUUAUAUGUAUAGAAGUGAUGAAUAUCUUAUCUGGUUUUUGUCUUAGAAGAAGCAAUUAGUUUUGACGGUACAGGUUAAGUGUUGUUGUUACUAAUUUCCAGAUGUAGUAAUACUGUAAGAAGAUGUUUUGUUGUAAUUGAUUUGGAAUGAAAUAUUAAUUGCAAAUAAUUUUCUAGAACAUGUUGUCAGCUGGCUUCUUAUAUCUUUUGAUAUAUUACGUUGUGGUUUGUAAUCUUGACAAUUUUUUUGUAAGUUCUAUAGAUGAGAGCUUCAUAUUGGUAUUUGCAUUUAGUGCUUUAUAUUUGGUUGCAUGUGUAAACAUAUGCUUUUGUUAGUUGGAAUAUUUAUAUUUCCAUUUCUGAUGGCAACCAGUUCAUGUUAUACAUAUAGGCAGGAUUAUUAGUUAGCGAUAGUUGUUAUAGUUUUAUUUGUUUAUGUUUAUUGUCAUGAUUGAUAUAGACUAUAUAGCUUGCUACUUGGUGGGAGCCAAGGCUUCGUGUUGAAGACCGUUCUUCGACCUAUAAUGGUUUACUUUUACAAAUUGUGACUUGGAUGGAGAGUUGUCUUUGGUACUGAUAUGACACAUCCUGUUAUAUCUGUCUACAAGAUUGAGAACAGAUUUUUUGUAAUAAAACAUAUUUAAUUCUAUAAUAUCAUGUAUAACAAUUUAUCGGUAAUUUGUGCAUUUUUCCUUUGAUGUGUACUCUCUGAUAAUGUCAGUAUCAGUUGACUGGUCGUGAUAAAAAAUUAUUGGGUCAGUAAGCAAUUGACAUGCGCGGGUGCACCGCGUAAGGAUCUUCUUUCCCCUUUCAUUCACAAAAUCGCGCUUGAUUUUUUUCGCAGAAAGUUUCAGUAAAGUUCGUUAAGCCUUUUUGACAUACAUACAGUAUCAACGCCAUUUUAUUAUAUUAUUAACAAGUGAAUGUGCAGCUAAGAGUAGUCGGGACCACUCUUACAAAAAAUAUCAAGAGAAGCUAUUGCGAGUUGUUCUUGUUACACCCCCAAGUCGCUAAGUUUGUUUUAAGAACACUUAAUAACUGACCAAAAUUUUAGAAUGAUUAAGUGUUACCGGAAUUAGUAAGAUCGCUUUAAGGUAGACUUAAGAAUCGUUCUUAAAUCAUGCACUUUUUCAAUACAUUAAGGGCUGUCAAUCAUUCUAAGAUAGGUCUGAGGUUGGGUCUUGUUACACUCUUAAAUCGUAAGACAUAAGAAUGCUUCUUGUUACCGGCCCCUGGUCUUUUCCAAGUUUACAAUGCAACCGUUAGUAUUUUGCAAGCAUAGGCGAUUACAGUCAUAUUUGUUUUACUUGCUCCUUUUUAUAAUUCAUAUUAUUUUGUUGUCAUAUAAAUAUUUGUCACAAACAAUUAACUAUAACAAAGAAAAAUAUUUUCAAUUGACAAUGAAUGAUUUGAAUGUUUGUAAUACGAGAAAAAUCCAGCGAUUUCUUUAGUCAGCUCUAAUGAAUGUUAUUAAGGAUGUUCGCUACUCUGUUUCAAAAUAACAAGCCUUUUAAAAGACUGUUAUAAAAUGAUAGUAUAUAAAUAAAGGAACUAAAAUAGCAGAAAAAAAUGAAUGGUCAGUGCGCUUAUUUUCGCGAUAUAAGCCACUGAAAAUUUGGCGGGAAAUGAUUCUCUCUAGAUUUUUCAUACUUUUAAUAUUUCCGCUUUUCUCUUUUGAAAACUAUGAAAAAAUAACAAGAUUUUUGUAAGAUUUUCAAAUAUGGCUUUUAAAACUAUAUGUAGAAAAAAAUUGAAAAGAAAAGUAGGGGUUAGUUGACAAAAUUUUUGAAUUGCUAAACAUGGAUAAAACCAGAGGAUUCCGAAAAUCUGGCAAAAAUUCAAAACUAAGAGUAGCGAACAUCCUUAAUAAAAAAUAAUUUUCACAUGUUCCACAGUUGUUUAUAUGAUGCCUAUAGUAAACAUUUACACAAAUUAUUAUUUGAGGCUUUUUUUAUGCUGCUUAGUAAAGCAAGUAUUCGUUGUACGAUUGUGCUCAUAAGUUUGUUAUUUGAAUAUAAUGGUAUCACAACUAACAGUAUAUAAAAAUUGCUUAUCUUAAAUUUCUAAUAUUUAUGUUUUAUCUAUAUUUUGCUUUUGAGUUUGCAUGCCUGUUUUUUUUUUUGUGUGGGGAGAGUAAAUAUGCAUUUCAAUAACGAUUUCUUUAAAUAUAUAUAUAAUCAUAGAAGUAUUCCAUUUUCAUUUAACUUCUAUGAUAUGCAAAUUAUUAUGUGUAUAGUUAAAAUAAAACAAUUACAAUGAAGUCAUUGUAAAAAAAAAUGAUUUGAUUAUGAAUGUUCAUAUGUAGCUAAGGGGGCGAUCAUUUGGUGUUCGGGAGGGGGAUUUUGAAAAUGAAUAAAUUAGUCUGGUACGAACUGAAAAUAAAUCACUUUGCACAAUACAGGAUAAAAACGAAUAUUCUGCAAUACAAAAUGCAGGAGACAAAUUUGUAGAAAAGUGACAAAAAUAAGCAUGCGUAGCAACGAAUGAAAAAAAAUUAUCACCCCCCUGGUAUCAAUUACAUGUAUAUACAUAUGAUAUAGCAUGAAGAAAUAACACAUGUAUAUAAAUAUAUAUAUUUCAACAUUUUAAAACGUAUUUACAUUUUUGUUUUUUUAUAAUAACAAAAAGUAGUUUAUACAGCUGUACAUUACAUAUUGAAAGACCUUCCAUUUUUUUAUAAUUACGAUUCACUAUGUAGUAGCUCGAUAGAAACUUCUCCCUUAAAUCAACAAUAUUUUGAAAAGAUCAUUUAAAUAACAAAUGAAAUUCAUCACCAAUAUUACUCCUACACAAAAUACAUAUUCUACCAUGCCUAGGAAUAUCCUGUUUCAAUUAAGAGCCGUAUAUUUGUACAUCUAAAAUAUGUGAUCCAAACCUGCAAUAUUCAAAAGUUUAAGAAGGUGUGUCUCUAAAGUAAACUAUUUUUUAAAGAUAGAGUGAAAUUGUCCUUGUAAUAUUACAUAUAAAUAAGAAGAUUUGGUAUGAGUACCAACGAGACAACUCUCCAUCCAAGUCACAAUGUAUAAAAAGUUAACAAUUAUAGGUCAAAGUACGGUCUUCAACACGGAGCCUUGGCUCACACCGAACAGCAAGCUAUAAAGGGCCCCAAAAUGACUAGUGUAAAACAAUUCAAACAGGAAAACCAACGGUCUAAUCUAUACAAAAAACGAGAAACACCUAUGAACCACACCAAUAAACGACAACCACUGAACAACAGGCUCGUGACUUAGGACAGGUGCAUAAAAAUUCAGCGGGUUUAAACGUAUUAACAGGCUCCAAACUUCACCCUAACCUCAUACAGUAGUGUAACAUUACAACAUUAAAAGACACACUAUAAAAUAUCAAUUGAAAUGGCUUAACUCGAUCAUAAAGACAUUUAAACAAAAACAAGUAAACAUACACUAAACGAAUAAGUUUGAUCUAUGACACAAUAUAAAUACAAUAUUAAAACGUAGGUGCCUUUAUAACAUAGACUUUACAGAGUACGAGUAGUGAAAAUUUAUCGUCAUACUAAAUAUUAUCAAAGGUAGUACAUAUUAAACAUAGUGAGACGAGAUAUAACACAAAAUAAGUAAACAUUAAUUUACAGAAAUGCAUUUUUUGAUGAUGAUGAGAGAUAAAAAAACAUCUUCAGACUCCUCGCUUAGUUUUGACAUCGCCUUAAACGCCUAAUCCUUGAUCCGCCAAUUGUGUUUUUUAAAAAGUUUUAAAAGACAUACACAUAUUUCAAAUUGUUGUUAGCACGAUAUUUAAGAAAUAUAUGAACGACCGUUUUAAAUGUGCUCUAAAAUCAGUAGCACACGUUUUUUCUCUCCCCUAUCUUAAAUAUUUUGUCAUCAUUAUGAAAUGCAUGUAAUGGUUCGAUAAUAAUAUCAUUAUGAAAUGCAGGUAAUGAUUGGAUAAUUGUAAUUAUCAUUAGGAGGUGCGUUAUGAAAUGGGCUAUAUUACAGAAAUUGGUAAAAGUUUGCCUACAACUUUGGCACGUUGAACUAUAACUGAAAAUUAAAAAUAUAAUGCAUUUAUAACUUAAAUUUUCUAAAAUAUUAUUGAAUAAAAUUGAGAAUGGAAAUGGGGAAUGUGUCAAAGAGACAACAGCCCGACCAUAGAACAGACAACAGCAGAAGGUCACUAACAGGUCUUCAAUGCAGCGAGAAAUUCCCGCACCCGGAGGCGUCCUUCAGCUGGCCCCUAAACAAAUAUAUAUACUAGUUCAGUGAAGAAUUCUUACAAAAUAUAUGAUCAUUUAUAUUUGUCUCAAAAUAUUCAAAUCGCAAAUAACCAAUGCAUAGAUUUUUUUUUAAUCGAUAUGUUUCUGAUCAAGGAUUUGUAUAGUGAGACUCUAUACAAAUCCUUGCUCUGAUACAUAAAUUUCCGUUUUAACAAUGUAAAAUAAUAAAAGGUUAACCAACUUUAUUUUCAUAAUAAUCAAAACUAACUGUUACAUACAUAUAAAGACAACAGCAUUCGAGGUUUCAACCCUUUAUAAAUCUCAAUCACCUUUUAUUCUCGAUGAGCGGAAUAAAACUGUAUUGGUACUGUCAGCACAGGAAAACAUUUAACUUUAUCGCAAUAACAGAUAACAAAAAAAUAACUAAAAAGCAAAACAGUAAUAAACAAGAGGCUCUCAAGAGCCUGAAUCGCUCACCUGUAAUUUUUUGCUUAAAUCUUUCAUCAAUGAUUAUUUUUGCUUUUCAAUAUAUAUUAAUGAAUGGCUUAAAACUUCCAUUGAAAUUUUCUUUGUAUCUGUCAUAUUUUCUUCAAAAUCAAAGAAAUGCAUUUUACCCCUAUGUAUCAUUUUAGCCAUAGUGGCUAUGUUUCUUGACGUACAAAAAAAUAAAAUACAAAAUUUAUACUAGAUACUCUGAAACUCAUUCAGCCCAAGUUUGGCUGAAAUUGAUUCAGCAGUUUCAAAGGAGAAGAUAUUUUAAAGUAAGCAAACUAAAUGAACAAAUUGUGAAAAAUUGAUUUUAAAGGGCAAUAACUCCUUAAGGGGACAAUUGACAAUUUUGGUCAUACGAACUUAUUUUUAGAUCUUACUUUGCUUAACAUUUUUGCUGUUUACAGUUUAUCAUUAAUAAUAUUCAAGAUAAUAACCAAAAUUUGCAAAAUUUCCUUAAAAUUACAAAUCAAGUGGCAGCAAUCCAACAAUGGCUUGUUAGAUUCAUAUGAAAAUGUCAGGGUUGACAGAGCUUGGCCUAAUAAUUUUUUUUACCUCUCAUCAGAUUUGCUCUAAAUGCUUUGGUUUUUGAGAUACAAGCCAAAAAUUGCAUUUUACCCCUACAUUAUAUUUUUAGGCAUGGCGGCCAUGUUUUUUUACGAAACAAAAAAUAAAACACAAACUUUAUUCUAGAUACCCUUAGAAUCAUUCAGCUUAAGUUUGGUUGGAAUUAGUUCAGUAGUUUCAGAGAAGAAGAUUUUUUCAAGUUAGAAAACAUGAUAAACAAAUUGUGUAAAAUUGUCCUUAAAGGGCAAUAACUCCUUAAGGGGUCAAUUGACAAUUUUGAUCAUUGAACUUAUUUGUAGAUCUUACCUUGCUGAACAUUUUUGCUGUUCACAGUUUAUCUUUAUCAUUAAUAGUAUUCAUGAUAAUAACCAAAAACUGCAAAAUUUCCUAAAAAUUAACAAUUUAGUGGCAGCAACCCAUCAAUGGGUUAUCAGAUUCAACUGAAAAUUUCAGGGCUGAUAGAACUUCACCUAAUGAACACUUUAACCACAUGUCAGAUUUGCUCUAAAUGCUUUGGUUAUUGAGAUAUAAGCCAAAAACUGCAUUUUACCACUAUGUUCUAUUUUUAGCCAUGGCGGCCAUGUUAUUUGACGAAACAGUAAAUAAAACACAAACUUUAUUCUAGAUACCCUAAGCAUCAUUCAGCUUAAGUUUGGUUGGAAUUGGUUCAGUAGUUUCAGAGGAGAAGAUGUUUGAAAUAGUUUACACCAGACGGACGACGACAGACGACGACGGACGCCAAGUGAUGGCAAAAGCUCACAGUUCCUUCGGAACGGUGAGCUAAUAAUACUAUAUCAAAGAAUACUCUCAGUAACAAUGUAUUGAAAGCAAGUUUAAAUAACAUGCUGACAUUAUUAUUAUAUGAAGUACCGGAAAUUUUAAAAGACGAAGAAAUAAUUACGAAGCAUAUUCAGGACCAAGGAAAACCCACAUUUGUAAAUAUAAAAUGGAAAGAGGAAAUAGAAAAACAACUUGUUAAUAUUGAAAAGAACAUUACAUCUAAUAGAGAAACGGAUGCUUCAAUAAAAACGUUAUUAGUAAGCUUAAAAAAGAAAAAGCUCCCGGGUCAGAUACCACUAUUAAUGAAAUAGUAAAAUUUAGUAAAAACGUACCUAUCAAAAGCAUUGUUCAACUGUUUAACCUAAUUUUGAAUACAGGUAUUAACCCAUCAAUAUGGAAUUACUCAUUUUUAAUUUUAUUGCAUAAAUCAGGAGAAAAAAGUGAUCCUAAUAAUUACAGGAGAAUAUCCCUGAUUAGUUGCUUACCAAAGUUGUUUUAAGCUGUAUUGAAUGAAAGAUUGAUUAAACUGAUGGAAAAUACUAUCAUUAAUACUCAAUUUGGCUUUAGGAAAAAUCAUAGAACCUCUGAUAGUAUAUUUGUUCUUAAGUCCUUAAUAAACAAAUACUUACACAAAUAUAAAAAAAAAUAUAUGCCCGCUUUGUAGAUUUAUAAAAGGCAUUUGAUUCUGUCUGGAGAAAAGCCUUACUUUAUAAACUCUAUAAUGCAGGAGCAGGGAAAAAAAUAAUUAAUAUUAUUAAAGGACAGUAUGAGGAAACAAAAUAUGCUUUUAAGCACCAAGAGUGGCAUUCAGCAUAUUUUGAGGUCGCAGAAGGGGUUAAACAAGGGGAUUCAUUGAGUUCUACUUUAUUUAAUUUAUUUAUAAAUGAUUUAGAUGCUGAGUUUUCAAAUGAAAAAAAAAACCUGUCCAUUGGAACUGAUUGAUACUAAAGUAGGAUCUUUACAAUUUGCUGAUGACCUUUUAAUAUUAUCUGAAAGUAAAGAAGACCUUCAAAAUAUAAUCUUUUACAAAAUAUAAAAAUGAAAAUUUGAUAAAUGUCUCUGAAUAUUCAUUUCUUGGAAUUCUUGUAAAAACAAAUUGAAACUUAUUGCAUAGCUCUGAAGAACUUGUAAAUAAUACAAGGAAAGUAAUGUUUGCCAUUAAAACUUAUACUGGUUCUUUAAAUAAUCUGCAAGUUAAAGUAGCUUGCAGUCUUUUUGACUCUAUAGUUAAACCAAUAGCCACUUACAAUUCAGAAAUAACUUAUAUGGAUACAUAUGUUUCAAAAUUUAGAGCAGAAAAACGUGCAAAUAUAUCCAAAACAAAUAUAGACUCCUUAAUUUUACCGAUAAAUCAUGUUUAGAAAAAUUGCAUUUGUCUCUCUGUAAGUUUAUCCUAGAAACAAGAAAAUCUUCAUCAAACAUAGCCGUGAGAACAGAGCUAGGAAUCUACCCACUAGAGAUGCAUAUAAAAACUCAGAGUAUACUUUACCUAACAAGGUUACUAAAUUCUGAAAUUAAUUCAUAAUUAGGUCUUUCCACUUUUCUGUGGAAAGACCUAUUGUGUUUGUUCUGAUUAUUAUUAUUAUUUUUUUUUUUUUUUUUUUUUUUCUUCCGCCAAAUUUUGUUCUUGUGAUAAAUGUUUGUUUCGCAAUAUGUCGCUUAGAUAUUUCUCAUAUUGUAUCGUAUAGUUUAUGCGCUUAUAAAUUUCACCCUGCUAAGCCGAACGCUUUUCUUUGUAAGAGUUAUCUCCCUAUUCACUGUUUAUCAUCUGUGUGCAUCUCCUUCGUAACAAAAAAAAAGAUAUCGACAAAAUUCUUUUUACAAAUUGUUCGUUACAUCCUCAGGAAUUUUUGGCUAAUUUGGAUCGAAGCGAUUCGAUGAAAUUUUAUAGGAGUUAUCUACCUUUAUCAAAUAAAUUUGUCGUUAUGUUUUUGUUACUCAUAAACUGUAAGCCGUAUAAACCUAUAGUCUUUUUAUUUAAGAUCCUUGGAUCCUAACUUCGAAAAUGAGGUCAAGGUCAAAGGUCAAGGUCAUGUUCUGAAUUUUGUCUUUUGCUUGUUUUUGCAUUCUCUCCGAUAUUUUUAAUGUUAUAUAUUAAAGAACAAGUGCAAAAUGUUUGUUAUAUUGUGAUGAAGAUAUGAUACAUUUGGUCUGAGACAAUCCAGCGACAUCUUAUUGGAGUUAUUGCCCCUGAAAUGUUUUAUUUUAAGGUAAAUUGAUUAUUUCUUCAUAUUAGUACAUGAUAAAGCCAUAAGAUCUUUUGCAAAAUGUUGGGUGACAUAUGACCUUGAAAAAUGUCAACCGGAAGUGACCUUGAGUGAACCGGAAGUAGUCAUUUUCGCACUUAUUUCAUGUAGAAGUACAUAGAAACCAUAUAUUUUUUGAAUGGUCAUACAUUAAUCUAUCAUUUGAGACCGGAACCGGAAGUAGUCAAUUAUCUCCCUGUUUACAGGCAAAAGUAUAUAUAAACCACAUAUUUUUGGAAUCAGUGUAAAUAAAGCUAUCAUAUGAGACUGGAAGUGACAUUUUCUCAACCGGAUGUUGACAAUUAUCUCCCUUAUUUCAGGCAAAAGUCUAUAGAAACCAUGUUUAUUGAAUCAGUAUGAAGAAACCUAUGAUUGGACGCCAAUAGUCGCUUUGAGUAAACCAGAAUUAUCUUCUCAUCAAUUAUUUAGAAAAUUGAUGUGGAAAGACCUUCAAUUGUUCUUUGAACAAUUGGUUUUUAAUUAUAUAUGAAUCCUUUUUACUUUCUAAAAGUUUGGAUGAAUCAGGUUGCUAUACCUGGUUUACAUAUGUUAAAAAUAUUUUGAAAGAGGUAAACAUAGAAGUAUCCAUUCUUGAGGGAAACAAAGGAAAAAAUUACUCAAAGUUGUUAAAAAAAACCUUAAAACACCAAUUUUUAAAUUUCUACAAAAACAUAUUUGAACAAAAAUUUGAAAAAAUAGAUCAAAAAAGUAAAUUAUAUUAAUAUAAAAAUUUGCAAAGUUAGAAAUGGAAAAUUACUUAAACUGUAAGUCUUUUGAAAAGAGAAGUAACAUAACAAAAAUGAGAAUUAGCGUCCAUAAUUUAUUGAUAGAAAAAGGAAGACAUUUAAAAACACAGAGAGAAAAAAAGACGUUGCCCAUCCUGUAAUACAUUGGAGGAUGAAGAUCAUUUUAUUUUAUACUGUAAAAAAAAUUCUAAACUUAAGAGAUAACGUUUUAGGAAAUGUAGUUAAACAUAUGCCAGAUUUUAUGUCCUGACAAGAAAAUGAGAAAGUUAAAUAUCUUCUUUGCCCAUCAACCUCAAAAGAAGUAGAAGGCUUAUGGUCCUUUUUUAAAACGGAAUUAGAACUGAGGACAGGGGACUCUUGAUUUAUUCAUAUAAAUAUAUAAAUAUAUUGUUUUGCUUUUUACUUGUAUAUUUUUUAUGGGAUAUGUUUUCUAUUGAUUUUUUUUGUAUUUUUGUGUAUGUUUUCAUUCAUAUAGUGUUUAUAUGUUAUAUUUUUGUAUGUUACUGUCACAAAUCUUUUUUAAAUGAUUUAUAUGACAAUAAAAUUAUAGUAUAUUAUUAUUUUAUGGGAUCCUUCACUUUAAAAUCUAUCGUUGCUGUAAAUAGUCACAAUAAAGGAACCUUUAAAACUUU